AAUACCUGUCUUUGGUAUUUCUAUAACCUGUGUAUGUGGUAACUCUGUCUACGAACAAACAAUGUUUUUGAAUGAUCUUGGCCAACCUCAAAUAUUGGAUGCUAACAAAAAUUACGGACCAUACGAACAGCACAAUGGUCCCUUGCUUGUAACUGCGGCUGCCUUCAAAAAUCAUGUAAAACCGGCCAACUGGGGCGGUUUAGUUAUUGGAUCUGAGCGAGAUGUCUGUGAUUUGCAAACUACUUUUCCAGAUUCGUACACAAAGAACUGUAGCUAUUGUGUCGUAAGGCCAAAUGAACCAACAAAAAUUGAAUAUGGCAAUAGCACGAUAACAUUAAUGCUUCUGCCUGCUAGUGCAAGGGCUCCAGGCGAGAGCCUUAGAAGAGCCACUACAUAUUAUUUGGAAAAUGGAUAUACCAGAUCAAUAAUUGUGGAUGAAGUACCUGCCACUUUGGACUUUAUACCAAAGACUAACGCUUCCUUUCAUAGGGCUCUCAGAGAUGGAAUCGAUGUAAUGUAUAUAGAUGACCCGGUCCUUGACUGCUAUAAAGAAGAUACAUAUGCACUGAUGCAGUUAAUUCACCCAAAACAUAUUUAUGGAGUUAGGCAGGAUAAUCUACCAAAAUGGCUCCUAGAUUUGUGCGUGAGAAGGGAUUUAUAUGCCUCUCAUGAAUGCUGA